AUGGGAAGUCAGAGGAACAUCUCAGAAUUCAUUCUUUUGGGACUUUCCUAUAACCAGAACAUACAAAUUUUUUGCUUUGUAUUCUUCUUGUUUUGUUAUGUUUCCAUUUUGGUGGGAAAUCUCUUAAUUCUCGUCUCCAUUCGAUGCAGUGCCCUUUUUUACCAGCCAAUGUACUAUUUCCUCGGUCACUUAUCCUUUAUGGACAUUUGCUACACCUCCUGUGUGACACCCAAACUGAUAGGUGAUCUGCUGCUGGCCAGAAAAACCAUCUCUUAUGGUAAUUGCAUGUUACAGGUCUUUUCCUUACACUUUUUGGGAAUGAUUGAAAUCUUCAUCCUUACAGUCAUGGCCUUUGAUCGCUACGCUGCCAUCUGCAAACCUCUCCACUACCUGCUUAUCAUGAACAGAGCAAGGUGCAAUCUCCUAGUCUUGGCUGCUUGGGCUGGUGGGGCCGUCCAUUCUUUUUCUCAGUUUUCUAUGAUAUUCCAGUUGCCUUUCUGUGGCCCCAACGAAAUCAAUCACUACUAUUGUGAUAUCUUCCCUUUGCUGAAAGUUGCUUGUACUGAUACCUACAUCACUGGUGUCCUUGUGGUUGCCAAUUCAGGUCUGGUCGCUUUAGUGACCUUUGUUCUCUUGUUUGGGUCUUAUGUUGUCAUAUUAUUCACUUUAAGACAUCAGUCGGCUGAAGGAAGACGCAAAGCCCUCUCCACCUGUGGGUCUCAUAUCACUGUGGUCGUCUUAUUUUUUGGGCCUUCAAUCUUUGCCUACCUUCGACCUCCGACCACGUUCCCCGAGGACAAGAUAUUCGCUCUAUUUUACACCAUCAUCGCUCCUAUGUUCAAUCCCUUAAUCUACACCCUGAGAAAUACAGAGAUGAAAAGCGCGAUGAGAAAAGUUUGGUUUCAAAUGAUAUUUUUAGAAGAAAAACACAAUUGAUUUGUCCUAUUCAAUAUGCUAAAAAGUUUAUGCAGGAGUAAAAGUGG